GCUCGGGUCGCUGCCGAGGCGCCCAGAUGGCCUGUGGGCGCCGCCGCGUCCCUGGUUCCAGCCCGGGCGCAGCGCUCAGGCGCAGAGGCUAGCGGGAGGGGCUCGGACGGCUCAGCCUCAGAGGCGCUCUAAGGGACCCGCGGCGCGGAACCCGCUCCGAGCGCCGCCCUAGCCUCCUCUUCAGUCAGUCCUUUUCGGUGCGGGUACGGGCGCCCCGGGACUCCGGGGGCUGCUGAGCUGGGGGGGCGCUCGAGCUGCGAGGAUCCGGGCUGCCCGCGGAACGAGGAGCGGGCACCCAGGAUGGGGUGCGUGAGGUCUAAGUUCCUCCAGGACAGAGGCAAGGCCUCCAAAUCCGAGCUCAGUGCCAGCCCACACAACCCCGUGUAUGUGCCGGAUCCCACAUCCACAGGCAAACGGCGACCUGACACCAGCAAUGGCAACCCCCCAGGGUCCACGGAGGCAGGUUCUGAGGACAUCGUUGUGAUUGCCCUGUACGACUACGAUGCCAUUCACCGUGAAGACCUCAGUUUCCACAAGGGAGACCAGAUGGUGAUCCUGGAAGAGUCUGGGGAGUGGUGGAAGGCUCGGUCCCUUGCUACCCGGAAAGAGGGCUACAUCCCAAGCAACUACGUUGCCCGCGCUAACUCUCUGGAAACAGAGGAGUGGUUCUUCAAGGGCAUCAGCCGGAAGGAUGCGGAACGCCAACUCCUGGUCCCCGGCAAUGUGCUGGGCUCCUUCAUGAUCCGGGACAGCGAGACCACCAAAGGGAGCUACUCUCUGUCCGUGCGCGACUACGACCCCCAGCACAGAGACACAGUGAAACAUUAUAAGAUCUGGACUCUGGACAACGGGGGAUACUACAUCUCCCCACGAAGCACCUUCAACACCCUGCAGGAGCUGGUGGCCCACUACAAGAAAGGGAGCGAUGGACUCUGCCAGAAGCUGACAGUGCCCUGCGUGUCUUCCAAGCCCCAGAAGCCAUGGGAGAAAGAUGCCUGGGAGAUCCCCCGGGAAUCCCUCAAGAUGGAGAAGAAGCUUGGAGCCGGGCAGUUUGGGGAAGUCUGGAUGGCCACCUACAACAAGCACACCAAGGUGGCCGUGAAGACGAUGAAGCCGGGGAGCAUGUCUGUGGAGGCCUUCCUGGCAGAGGCCAACCUGAUGAAAACGCUGCAGCACGACAAGCUGGUGAAGCUGCACGCGGUGGUCACGGAGGAGCCCAUCUACAUCAUCACGGAGUUCAUGGCCAAAGGAAGCCUGCUGGACUUCCUGAAAAGUGCCGAAGGAAGCAAGCAACCACUGCCGAAACUCAUCGACUUCUCAGCCCAGAUCGCAGAAGGCAUGGCUUUCAUCGAGCGAAGGAACUACAUUCACCGAGACCUCCGAGCUGCCAACAUCCUGGUCUCUGCAUCCCUGGUGUGUAAGAUUGCCGACUUCGGGCUAGCGAGGGUCAUCGAGGACAAUGAGUACACAGCCCGGGAAGGGGCCAAGUUCCCCAUCAAGUGGACAGCUCCUGAAGCCAUCAACUUUGGUUCCUUCACCAUCAAGUCCGACGUCUGGUCCUUUGGUAUCCUGCUGAUGGAAAUCGUCACCUACGGCCGGAUCCCAUACCCAGGGAUGUCAAACCCGGAGGUGAUCCGGGCACUGGAGCGAGGAUACCGGAUGCCCCGGCCAGACAACUGCCCCGAGGAACUCUACAACAUCAUGACUCGCUGCUGGCAGAACCGCCCUGAGGAGCGGCCCACCUUCGAAUACAACCAGAGUGUGCUGGAAGACUUCUUCACAGCCACCGAGAGCCAGUACCAGCAGCAGCCGUGAUGGGUGGGACCAAGGCAGGGCCAGGCGCUGAGGCAAUGUCUCAGACAUGUCUCCAGCACCGUCAGCCAGAUACCCACUCACCCUUCUCCUUCCCAGACACCCGCCUUCACUGCAGCCAUGGUUCCUCAUCUGUCAAGUGGAUGGGUUGGACUGGACAAUCUCUUUUUGACUCUAGAAAUCCACAACCUGCUAUUCUCAGGAGGCCCAAG